AGCAGGAAGUAGCCUCUCUUUUUGUCCCAGCAGAGGUUACGGAGCGGGGUUGUGGACACGAGGGUGAAGUAGUUCUUGAGACGCUUCUCUAGGACAUGGACACGAACAACCACCCAGGGUCCUCCGCGGGCAGGGGAGGACUUGGAAGCUUUUUUGGAGGUGGAUCUGCGGGUUAUUCGCACUCAGACUUGGCCGGGGUGCCGCUAACUGGUAUGAGUCCGCUGUCUCCAUAUUUAAAUGUUGACCCACGGUACUUAGUGCAGGAUACAGAUGAAUUUAUUUUGCCCACCGGUGCAAACAAAACUCGUGGCAGGUUUGAACUGGCAUUCUUCACCAUUGGAGGCUGCUGUAUGUCAGGAGCAGCGUUUGGGGCAUUAAAUGGACUUCGACUUGGUUUUAAAGAGACUCAAAAUAUGUCCUGGUCAAAACCCAAAAAUGUUCAGAUUUUGAAUAUGGUUACAAGGCAGGGUGCAUUGUGGGCCAACACUUUGGGAUCUUUAGCAUUAUUGUACAGUGCCUUUGGGGUGAUCAUAGAGAAGGCACGAGGAGCAGAAGAUGACCUCAAUACUGUAGCAGCCGGCACAAUGACAGGGAUGCUUUAUAAAUCCACAGCUGGACUGCGUGGCGUGGCUCGUGGUGGAUUUGCUGGUUUAGCACUCACAAGCAUUUAUGCUCUAUACAGUAACUGGGAGCACAUCAAGGGCUCUUCAACAAGACUUUCUGCUUGAAACAAAACUUUGUGGACUACAAAAACUGUAUAAAACCUGGUAUGAGUAGCCCUAAAGCCUGUCUAUGAGCACUUGAUACCUCUGAACGUCUGCUUUGGGUUAUAUGAGCUGAGGGAAUGUGUUUGAGGAAGAUGUGUGAGCUUCGUCAACAGCAGACCAAAAGGAAAUGUGCCGCAGAGGAAGCGAACCAUUGCCAGCACAUACCAAGUUCUGUCAAUCUUGUAUCAAAGGCAACAGAAGUAUAUAUUUAAAUGUAUGUAAUUUCAUCCAGCUGUAUUUAAUUAUGUUGUGUACUGAUAGAAUCCCUGCACUUUUAAACAAAAGAUAUAAAAAAAAAAGCCACUAGAGCGAUAA